GUUAACCCAAGUCAGGAUCCACAGAGCACCUUACUGAAGGAGUUCUGGGAGGCAACGUUUGGUUGCAGUUUCCAAUCCAGUCUGCAUGUUCGGUCAGGAGAAAGAGUGUAUUUUGAUGAAAAUGGAGAUCCUGCAGCAGCGUAUGAGCUGGUGAACUGGCAGCCGAACCUACAAGGAGACAUUAUGUUUGUGCCUGUUGGCAGCUAUGAUGCUUCCCAACCAAAUGAAAGGCAGUUUAAAAUGAAUGGAAUAAAGAUAACGUGGGCUGCCAAAUCAAUGGAGAGGCCUCAGUCUGUCUGCAGUGAGAGCUGUCUACCAGGUUUCCGACAGGCUAUGAUUAAAGGAAAACCCAUUUGCUGUUUCUCCUGCAUUGCCUGUGCCGCUGGAGAGAUCAGCAACUCCAGCCCCUUCGGAACUGAGGACGACACUUCUGUUUGUGAGAUGCUGGGGAGUCCAGAGUUUCCUCUGCUGUCAAAGAAAGGGCAUGUUACUAUUGGAGGAGCUUUUUCCAUUCAUAGCCAGAUCUCAAAACCAUCUUUAUCUUUAAAUGACACUCCAGAACCUCUCAUUUGCUCACGGUAG